AUGGACGCCGGCGGCGAUGAGAGGCGCGGCGGAGACCUGUGCCUGCAGGUGGGCGACGCCGGCCUGGGCGGCCUCAUCUUGCUGCUGCUGACGGCCCGGCCCGGCCCGGGCGAUGGGGCUGCCCGCGGAGAGCCCCCCGAGCCCGGUGAGACCCCCCAGGAGCUGCGGGGACCUCCACGGGGUGCGGUGUUCUGGGGGGGCUGCGGGGACCCUGGCGGGUCCCGGGGGCCCCUGGCUCGCUCCUUGCAGCGGGCAGAGGCCAUGCUGCGCAGCGUCACCCCGGGACUGCGGCGCCUGCUGUCCCCACGGUUGCGCCGGCGCGGCGACAGCGACGAGGAAGAUGAUGAGGAUGAGGACGAAGCAGCGUCCAUCGUCGUCCCGCUGGAGCAAAGCUUCCCAGGGCUGUGCCGCUGCCUCUGCGUCUGGGAGGACCCUCGAACCGAGACCUUCGUGGGGUACGUGCGGCCCCAUCCCGGCGGCGCCGGCGACUUUUCGGAAGACGCCGUGCGGCAGCGCGUGGCGGAGCGGGGAGCGGCCCUGCACGCGCUGCUGCGGCACCGCCACCAGCUCCGCCUGCUGCUGGUGGCGCCGGGGCCCGGAGAGCCCGGGGAGCCCUCGCCGGCGCUGCGGGAGCUGUGCCUGGAGCUGCGGGCACACGCGGGGCACUGGGCCGCGCUGCUGCGGCGGCUGCGGACGGACUCGUGGCUGCAGGCGCUGCCGCAGCGCCGGGGCGAGGCCGUGGCGCACAUGCGGCGGGCGCUGCUGCUGCCCGCCCUGAUGGCCACGCGCCUGGGGCUGGAGAUCUACAACCGCGGGGUGCAGGGGCUGGGCGAGGAGCUGGGCCCUGAGGCCGAGGUCCCCAGCGCCUUCACAGUGGGCGGGGUGCUGCGGCUGCUGGCCGCCGAGCGUGGCCGGGCCGUGGCCCGGAGGCUCCAGCCUCUCCUGUGGCCCCGGAAUGGGAACGUCAGGGACGGACACGUCCGCUGGGAGGACGUGGCGGUGCCGUGGCCACCGGGACAUGACGCAGCUGAAACGGGCAAAGGGGUGGACGCGGAACCUCCCGGAGCGGAGGCGCCACCGGCGCUGGUGGCUGAGCUGGAAGCGCUGUGCCAGGAGGACGAGGAGCUGAUGGGACGCAUUUUUGGGGCGCUGGUGGCUUCGGCCGACAGCCUGUGGCAGCCGGUGCUGUCAGAGAGCCCAGAGCCCCCAGGGCUGGCCCCGGGACUGCGGCCAGGCAGUGCAGGCGGCUGGAAGGCCGUGCGGUGGCUGGACGCCGCCCGCGGCCCCGCGGCCGCAGCGCUGAGUGCCCGGUACCGCCCGCUGCUCUGGGAGGCCGCGGGCACCGUGCUGGGGGACAGCCCGGGCACCCCUCCCGCCACCCCCAGUGCCACCGUCACCGCGGCGUGGGAGCUGAGCCGCGCGCUCGCUGUCGCCCAUGUGCCCCCUGAGUGCCAGGAGGAGCUGGGGGGGCUCUGCCUGCGCCUGCUGUGCCGGAGCAUCCUCUGCAGCUGGGACACGGGUUUUACCCGUGCUCUGGGCUCAGGACUGUCAGACAAGUGCUUGGAGACCCCGGGGGGGUCCCCGGGGCCAGGGUGCAGCCGCACAGCCCAGCAGCUACGGUUCCUCUUCCCGGCCCUGGCGCUGGCCCUGCGCUGCCUGCGUCUGCUGCCCGCCCACCUGCACGCCCCCCCCGGGGGUCUCUGCCUGCGGCUGCAGGUGCUGGGCCGGUGCCUGGCGGUGGUGGCGGCCGCCCACGCGUGGCUGACGGGCCGGGCCGGGCGGUACCUGGCGGCCUGGGCGCUGCCUCAGUUCCUGCUGCUCACCCAGGGAGACCUGCAGGUGCUGAAGGCAGAGGCAGAGCAGCUGAUGGUGCAGGUGAGCCAGACCUUCCCAGAGCCAGAGGACAUUCCUGGGGACAGCCCUCCCGAGCCACUCCCCAGCCCGGGAUCCCCGUGGGAGCUGCAGCUCUGCCGGCAAAUCCGCGACGUUUCCAACAGCAUCCAGCUCUUCUCCAGGGAUGUGCUCUGGAUGUUCUCCACCAGCUGCAAGCGGCUCUCGGCAGAGAUCUUCGACCAGACGAUGCCGCUGGGCCGGCACUGGAGGCUCAGGCCGCGCGCUGAGCUGCCCAGCUCCCCCAGCGCGUACGCGGCGGCCGCGGUGCAGGCGGUGCUGGGGCAGGUGCUGCAGGGGGCCCAGACCCUGCCCCACGACGCCCAGGUGCCCACCCUGGCACGGGUCACCACGGCCUUCCUGGAGGCCUGGAUGGAUCACAUCCUGACCCGCCGGAUCAAGUUCAGCCUGCAGGGUGCCCUGCAGCUCCGGCGGGACUUUGAGGCGGUGCGGGAGCUGGUGUGCUCCGAGAGCUCCGGGCUGGCUCCCGAGGCCCGGCAGGCUCUGCAGGCCCUCUGCAUCUUCCGACACACGGACACGGCCGUGCGGUGCCUCCUGCAGCAGCCGGGGGGGCUGGGGCGGCCCCCCCGGGGCUGGGGCAGCCUCCGGCGCUGCUGCUCAGACGAAGGCGCCCACCCCCUGGAACCAUCCUUGGACCCUCUCCCCGACCUGGACCGUCUGGAGGGGCCGGGCCCAAUCCCAGGAACCCCCCCGCUGGCUCCAGAGGCCGAUCUCCCGUCCCGUCCCGAGUCCCCGUUCCCGGGCAGCCAGCAGCAGUGGCUGUCCCUGCGGCUGCACCGCGCCCGCCGCUGGCGUGUGCCGGGGCUGCCGUGUGUUGGCAACAGCCCCGAGGGCUGACCUGGAAUAAA